AUGGCGACCCCCGCGCAGAAGCGCGUCAAUGUCGCCGUCUCCAGAGUCAUCCCGCCCGUGCUUUUGGGCGCCGUCGUCUACGCCAGCUAUGCCGUCACCAAACCUUUAUGCAUUGACUACUUAAUCCAUCCUUUACCCUCGUACGAUCGAGCCCCCCGAGUCGGCGCGGGCGCCGCCAUCCUCGCCGUCUAUUAUGUUCUAUUAAUCCCGAUGGUUGUCACAUACCUCCGUCUGCUAUAUUAUGUUGCGUGGGAACCAGGUUAUCUCCCCUUGGGUGCGGAGCGUAUCCAGCAGGACGCGAAGGACGCGCAGGACUCGGAGUCCGAGAAGCCGCGUCGCAGGAAGAGCAGCUCGCGUAAGCCUCAAGAGCCGGAGAAAAACACCCAACCCGACGCCGACACAGAACGAGGCUUGGAUACUACCGCCGGAGGCAAGGCGUUUCAGCUCGAUCCACUUGGACUGGAGAGAUUCUACACCAAGGAUGUCUUCGUGUGCCAGCCGGACGGUCGGCCUCCGUAUUGUUCGUCGUGCUGCCAAUUCAAGACGGACCGGGCGCAUCACUGUCGAGAGGUAGAUCGCUGCGUGCGCAAGAUGGACCAUUUCUGUCCUUGGGUUGGCGGAGUCGUGUCCGAGACGUCGUUUAAGUUCUUUGUGCAAUUUGUUGCCUAUACUUUCGUUUUUUGUCUUUUUGCUCUCAUCGUGUCCGCUUACUUUACGGCGGAGUUGCGCCAUCAUCUGGGAGAAAUCAACGCACAUUGGUGUAUCUGCAUUGGACUGAGCGGACUCUUUGGUGUAUUCACCUUGGGAAUGACCCUGAGCAGUCUCCAACUAGCAAUGUUCAACCUCACCACAAUCGAAAACCUCAACCGGCGAUCCGCCGUCUGGACACUAGCCAUCCGCGUGCCGGACCACCUUCUCGACCAACUAUGGGCAUCCGAAUCCCCCUGGGCCCCAAACUUCCGCAUGCCCCAAACCAGCGAGCCCUCAACCAAAGAGCGCCACGUCUUUGCAAUCCUCCAAACCCAGCCGGGCGACAACCCGUUCAACCUCGGCAGCCCACUCGCAAACCUGCAGCAGGUGAUGGGGUACAGUGUCGCCGAUUGGCUACUUCCUCUGAAGCAGAGUCCCUGCGCCGAUCACAGCAGCUUGGAAAGUGCCUUUGCGCUGGGGCCCGUGGUGGCUCGCCUGAAACAGGAAGCCGGCUUGGUAGCACCGUCCCCCAACGGAUCGGGGUGCGGGUCUGCAACACCGACGGGUUGA